UCCUACGAGUAAAGGAAGGAAGUGUUUCUAGAAGAAUGAAAAUCAUCUAUUUGUUGUUUUUGUUUGCAAUAAUUGCCAGCCUAUGCUGCACAAUCUUUGCCGCUACCAUUGAUAUCUGUCAAUUGGAACAUUCUGCCGAUGGCGUUGAUGGAUCGUCCUGUAUUGCUGAUAUGCAAUCGUAUACCUACAACUCGAAUACCAAUGAGUGCAUCGUCUUCAUUUAUGGCGGAUGUGGCGGCAAUGCAAAUCGUUUCCGUUCCCGGGAGGAGUGCACGAAAACAUGUCUAAAGUAAAAAAAUUAAGAAUAAUAAAGAUAAUAAAUUGAAAAUUCAA